AUGCGCUACGAGAACUGGGACGUGCUUCUUUUCCCGGAGAGCUCCAAGGUGCCUUUACAGGAGUUCAAGACUCAAUGUUUCGUGACGAAGGACACAGAAUCUCCUUACCUGCACAGUCCUACACUCGUCAGUCCGGCCUCGUAUUACUUGCCGCAGGGGAACUUGGGCUUGUUGCCAGUCCUCACCACAUUCAUCCCCAGUAUCCCUCCUAAUUACUCCUUUCGGGUGUCCAUCCAUAGUUGGGAAAAGCCCCGUCCGAGCAGAUUGAUGAGCAGUCUGUUGCAGCCUGAUGAUGCUUUACUCUUUGAGAUUCGCAUCUUCAUCGAUGGCCUAUGCGUCGCGGGAAGCGUAUUCGGUCAGAGAUCCCACUGGCCCCAUGUUAUAGAAUUAAGUUCCUACAUUGAUAAGAGUGGCAACCAGGACACCCUUCGAUUCCCCCCUUUCCAUCAGGAGAUCCUGGAGCAAAGAUAUUGGGACGCAGGGGAGCUGCACGGAAGAAUACGCGUGGUGAUCUCGGAGGGAUUCGCUCGGCCGCACCGAACUCCACCGUUUGAAAGAGUUAAAGAAGUGGUUGCGUUUGCUUUUCAGCAUGCCCCUCUCCAUGUCCUAGAACAUUCCGGCAUUGCCUGGCCAAACGCUGCCAUGUGGACUCGAGAGCCACGCCUUUUCAAGUGUAGCUCUGGAAGAGAUCCCAACGAGUUGAAGGAUGCCGAAGACAACACUCACACCCACUCGCCAACCAGACAUCAUACACGGCAGGCUAUACUUGCGAGCAGCGAGGUGGCCACUCCAGUAGCAAACAGCACUUGGCAGUAUAGAAACUACCUAGGGUCUGCAGCCCAGUGGUCAAGCAACCCCAGAGAAUCAAGAUGGGCUCCUCAGGAACUAUUCGCGCAGGACACAUUCAUUGAUCCGUAUGUGCUUGAUCCAUCUGCGCGCCAUCGCGGUGCCAGGCCAUCUUGCGAGGACGUGUCCAUGCCGGACUAUACUUCUAGCACAGCUAGUAGUCGGGCUAUUUCAAGCAUGACUGGUAUUAGUUACGAGCAUAGCAAGCAUCCUAGUAUCACAACCCCUUUGGAUGAGGAGGCAUACAGCAAGCUUGUUGAAGCGGUGAGCCCCCCCAGACCACUGGCAUGUGGCACCCAAGCACCCACCAACACUCCGUCGGGCGUGGGAAGCAACCCCCCAACUGUGGCCGGAGCGCCUGCAGAAUCAUUUGCCAAAGAUAAAAGUGGAUCCUUGGCCGUGGAGGAAAUCUCGCAACUCGUAGCUAGAGACGUAUCCGAAUCCAGCGAGAAACCUAGCAUACCUCCCGAUCCUUCGGUAGAUACCGCAGAACAGAGCAAGCUUCAUCCUAGUCCGAGUGUGAAUGUCAAGAGUCGGAAAGAGAGAAUGUCUCAGGACAACAAGGAAAAUGAAGAUACGGCGGCAACGCCACAUCGGGAGAGAGAUAGGGUUAACCACACGCCGACCAAGAUGCCAGUGCGUGCCAGUGGAAAUACUGAGAGCUCGCUUGAAUCCCGAAGGAAACCAUCCACUGGAUCCGUGCGUGGUGAGAGUAACACCCUGUCUAGGGGAGAGCCUGCACUUGUUUCGCCUGCGCAAGACUUGCCCGGAACAGAUGAUCUCGUCCGCCGAGUCGACCUAGACGAGCUCCUCGAUUCGAGUAUUCAGCUCAUGAGCAGUAGCACCGUUGAAGUUGCAGCAAUUGAUUGA